GUUUGGGAGCAAAUAAAGAAGUUAAUGUGAUCGCGAAAUUUUAAAUACGAUUUUGUUUGUGUUAUUAAAGGAGUGACGAGAUUACCGUGGUUAAGUUACAGCGGAUGUUUUAAUAAUUUUUUGAUUGUUACAGUUACAUCAUGUCGAAAGGAAAAGAUCUGGCUAAGACCUUGAUGGAGACCAAAAAGGUAUUUGUGGUGUCAAAGACCUUUUGUCCAUUUUGCGUUAAAGCAAUGCGAGUGCUGGACAAGUACUCCAUUCCUGCGGAAAACAUCGAGAUCUUGCAGAUCGAGAACCGCCCUGAUAUGGACGAGAUCCAAGACUUCAUGAAAUCCGUCACCGGAGGCCGAAGUGUCCCGCGGGUAUUCAUCGGGGGGAAAUGUAUCGGUGGCGGUGAUGAAACCCAGACCUUGGACAAGCAGGGCAAGUUGAAGCCAAUGCUGGAGGCUGUUGGAGCAUUGUAAUCUUGAAUCUUGUGUAACCCUUGUCAAUAGGUUAUUGACCUCAAGAGAAAUACAGUUAACUAAUUUAUUCGUA